AUGGCUUCUGACUCCAAGAAUAUUAUCUCCAUCCUCGAAGACAUCAGCCAUGCCUCGUUUGGAGGAAACGAGGUAGAGCGCCUGCGAGUUCGUGCAGCGGCGCGUCGACUACUUGCCAGGGUGGAGUCCCCAUAUGAAAGAGCGUGGGGCUUUUGCUUUGAGCACCCUGUUGUCUUUGCUGCCCUUCAAACUUGCAUUGAUCUCGGCAUCUGGAAGGCCUGGACUGCGCUCGGUGGAGGCGAGAAGUCUCUCGACGAGCUAAUCAAGUUAACUGGAAAAGAUGUCGAGCCAAAUUUACUGCGCCGACUGUUCCGCCUCCUAGUGGCGUUCAAUGUCGUUGAAGAGACCGGGGAAGAUAAAUACAAGCCUACCCCAUUCUCGUAUGCGAUUGGUGACGAGAGCACCAAGGUCCGCGCGUCCUUGGAAGCAGCAAAUUACCAAUACAUGCUGGCCGGCCAUAACCUACCCAAAUAUCUAGCUAAGAUUGGAUACAAAGAACCCACUGCUACCGAUAUCAACAAUCACUCAGAUAGCGACCCGGACGGUCUCAACUUUUUUGGACGGCUGCAGAAGAGUCCUGAAUAUUAUGAAGCCUUCACGGGCCAUAUGGAAGCGUGGACGGCGUGGAAGACACCAUGGACCAAGAUCUACGAUCCCAGCAAGCUUAUUGAGGGUGCCAAGCUUGAUGAUGGGUCACCACUCGUCGUUGACCUAGGCGGAAACACCGGCAUUGAUAUUUCCCACGUUCUCAACGCUCGGCCGGACCUGCCUGCCGGAGCAUUGGUCCUGCAGGACCUCCCCGAGGUUAUUGCCAGGGCAAACGUCGACAAGAAAAUUACGGCUCUUGCUCACGAUUUCUUCCUGCCCCAGCCCAUCAAAGGAAGCCGUGCCUACUUCAUGCACGCGGUUCUUCAUGAUUGGCCCGAUGCCAAAGCAACAGAGCUGUUGCAGAACACGCGAGACGUUAUGGUCAAAGGCUAUUCCAAGCUCUUUGUCUAUGACAUUGUGUUGCCGCCGACGGGCGCAAGCAUUAGUCAAACUACCAUGGACGUGAACAUGAUGUCCUUGCUGUCAGCUUCCGAGCGCACUAGGAGCCAGUGGGAGAAGCUGCUGACAGGUGCUGGUUUCAAGAUCAUCAAGUUUUGGCCCGACCCCCAGGAGUAUGAGAUGUUGAUUGAGGCUGAGAUUGCCUAA